AGGGAAAUCUCAUGCGCAUGCGCCGCAGGUGAUCAUAGUGACAGUCUUUCACGGCUUUCCGGACUGAGCACGUGAAUAAGGAGCAAAUUGGAGCAUUUGACAUAAAACAUGAGGAUAGCAGGUGCAAUCAAGUUUGUUGUAGCGCUAGCUGUGUUUUUAUUUACAUUUUAUGUCAUAUCACAAGUCUUUGAGAUAAAAAUGGAUUCAAGUCUGAGUAACAUUUUUGCUCGGACAGUGGACACAGCGCAUCCUACUACCAAAGCUCCGAGGUACAGAUGUGGAAUUUUGAAAAUAUGUCCAGAGAAACACUUUGCUUUCAAGAUUUCAAGUGGAGCAGCAAAUGUGGUUGGGCCAAAGAUUUGUGUAGAUGACAAUGUGUUAAUGAGUGGCGUGAAAAACAAUGUGGGCCGUGGCAUAAACACUGCUUUAGUAAAUGGGAAAACUGGAGAGUUGAUAGAAACAAAAUACUAUGACUUAUGGGGAGGUGAUGUUGCACCUUUUAUUGACUUUGUUAAGAAAAUUCCUGACGGAACCGUAGUUUUAAUGGCAACUUACGAUGACGGAGCAACAAAGCUUAAUGAUGAAGCACGGAAGCUAAUUUCUGAACUUGGCAGUACAUCAAUCAAUUCUUUAGCGUUUAGAGACAACUGGGUUUUUGUUGGAGGGAAAGGCAUUAAGACGAAAAGUCCGUUUGAGCAGCAUAUAAAGAAUAACAAAGAUACAAACAAAUAUGAAGGCUGGCCGGAAGUGGUUGAAAUGGAAGGUUGCAUCCCUCAGAAACAGGAUUAAGAAAUGGUUUUGGACUCGAAUUGGAUUAUGGAAGGACAAAUUGUCAUCCCCUGUAAAUAUGCUAAAGGACUUCAUCCAUCAUUGUUGAUGUGAGCAUGAGCCUAAACUCAAGAGUAUGAGAUUUAUUUAUUGCUAACACAAAUAGGUAUUUUUGUACAGAAUUUUGAAGGAAACAACAUAAAAUAUUUUCUGGGACCCAUGUUAUUCUCAAACCCUGGUGCCUCUUAUUUUUGUUGACAACCAGUUUACCAAAAUGGUUGCACACCAUGGCAUGUAACAAGGGUUCUGUUUUACUUUUUAUUAUUCUAAGGAAUCCAGCCCUUUUGUUUUAUUUUUUAUUUCGUUCCACCAAAGAUUUGCAAAAGGUUUUGUUUUUUCACUGAAGACUGUUGAUAUGACAGAAGAUGCUAUUUUGCAUCAUAUUUUUAAUAAAUAAUCCUACAGAACCAGGCAUAUAUAUUAUAAACUUCUGUUAAUUCCAUGCUUGUUUAUUUUUGUUUGUCUUGAGUUGGGGUGCAUUUUUGAGAAAUGCUUUAUUAUAGAUUGUGGUUAGUUUGUUUUUGUUUUUUUGUAUUAGUCUUAAUUUUACUGACCAGGUAGAACAGUCUACCAAUGAUGAUUAUACUAGACGAAGCUUUCCACAACAAUUAACUGUUCACUUUGUCUCAAAUAACAUGUUUUUAUAAUAUGCAUAGUAUCCUUAAUGGACAUUCAUAGAGUUGAUGUACAAGUUCUUUUCAUGAUUAGUUGCAGAGCGCAAUCACAUGAAAAUGUGUGUGUGUGUUUAAAUUAACGUCGACACAAAUAUAAAUUUCAUACCGCAAAGCAAAAAACACCAUCAUAGCAUUCUAUUAGCUGGUGAUUAAAGAGAGCAAUAGGCUAUAUGUACUUUUAUUAUAUAAAAUUAUUCAGAAACAAGUAGGGGUAACCAGCAUAUGGGUAUCAUAGUGUACAGUAACUGAAUUAUGAGUCGCUUAAUAUCCAUUUCAACAGCAGUUGUAUUGAUAAAGUCCCUUUUAUAUUUACCAUAAAUAAUCAAUUUAGUAUAUCUCGUGCUUGAAGUAUUAUUUUUAAUUUAGAAAAAUAGACAAGCAUUUAGAUUACUGUUCUUCACAAUGUACAUUUUAGGUUCAUAAAGCGAAUUCACCUAUAAAGGUUGAUUACCCAGCUACUUCAUAGGUUUAUAUCAAAAUAAUGAAUUUGCAUGAUUUUGUACUAAUACACAUUGCAUGGGGUUGCCUAGAUGGUAACCAUUCCAGUCACCAGGCUCCACGUUUUUUUCAGAUGGGAUUGUAUGCCCUCUUGUGGUCUUGUCUUGUAUCUUGAAUGUUUUUCAUAACAAUAUUUAACUUAUGUUUUUUUUUAAAAAUGUAAUUUGUACCAGUUAGGAGGUUUACAGUUAUUAGAAUAACGACUGUUUGAGCUAAUGAAACUAAAGGUAAUGCACAUUGCAGGUAUUUGGGAGUUAGAUGGAAAGCGAAUAUAGCAUUUUACAAAAAUUGUACAUAGCAGUUUGGCCUGAAUGCGGUGUUCCUAGCGGUUUGACACCUUUUUAUAUUGGCAUCUGCUUGAAAACUAAAAUGGUCUGCACUAUGAUUUAGAAGCCAUUUUCUUUGGAAUGAAGAAUAAAAGUAGUAAACAUUACUGAAA